UUCACCUGUGAGAACAUUGUUUCAUUCAUGAAUAAUUCACAAUGGAUUCUCUAAACUGCGUGACGGUUUACCAGUCUUCCUUACAGCAGUGAGCUGAAAGCAUGGAUCUUUCUGUAUUGCCGAAUAACAAUCAUCCUGAUAAAUUUCUACGUUUAGAUGUAAAGACUUUACUAGCUAACUCUGCAGCUUUGCACGCACAACGAUGGCAUAACAAGCUUUACCUGCCGAAUGAUAACAGUAAUGUCAAUGAAGAAAAGCAGUCAUCAAAGUUGGAAAGCCAUGUGGCAGCUGACAAAUCCCUGUGUGAAAAUUUUACUCCAGAAAUGAUGAAAUCCAAAAUUAAAAGCAAUCCCCUGUACAUGGAUGCAGCAAACCAGGAGAAAAUUAUUACCACAAAAAAAACACCAUCAUGGACCAUUCAGGACUAUGACCAACAGUCCCCAAACCCAAAACUAUCUCCACACUUGAAGGAGAAUCCAUAUGAGUUAAAGUAUUGGCUGGAAGACAUUUAUACGCCUGGGUAUGACUCUCUAUUGAAGAAGAUGGAGAAGGAGCAGAAAAAAUCCAAACUCUGUAAACUCUUGUCUUUUUUGGCACUCGCUGUUUGCAUUCUUAUUGCCAUAGUAACAGUUACUGUUUUGUUUACUUAAAAGUAUUUCUUUGGUUAAUAUUUUAGCAUACUUUUAUAAAACUGUAAAAAUUUCACAGAAUUAAUUUAACAUACAGCAGGUACUGUUUUUAUAAUAAUAAAACAGAAUGUCACCAUC